CCCCUCCCCGCAGCCUCAGCGAACCUCGGCGAUGGCGGCGGCGGCGGCGGCGGCCGACGAGGCGUGGUGCCGGGAGACCGUCCCCCGGGUGAUGGAGCUGGUGAGCCCGCGCCUCCCCCAGCGCUACGCCUGCGCCCUGCUCUCCGUCAGCCCCUGGUGCCACCGCGCCCUCGCCGCCAACCCCAAGCUCUGGGAGGUACUCGACCUGCACGAGACGAAGAAAGCUGGCGAGCGGCUCAUUUCCGCGCUUUCACUGGCAAGGUACCGUCAUCUCAAAGUCGUGAACCUUGAAUUCGCUCAAGAUAUCGAGGACCGGCAUUUUCUCCAUCUGAAAGAAACGGGUGCUAUCUUACUAGAAGAGUUGGAGCUCCUGAACCUAAAUGCAUGUCAGAAGAUCUCAGAUAAAGGGAUUGGAGCUGCUACCAGUCUUUGUCCUAAUCUUCAGGCCCUGUCGAUCUAUUGGAUUGUUGGAUUGACAGACGCAAGCAUUGAACAUAUUGUGAAGAACUGCAAGCAGAUAAUCGACUUGAAUCUGAGUGGCUGUAAGAAUAUCUCAGAUAGAGGAAUACAGCUAGUUGCCGAUAAUUAUCAAGGACUACAGAAGUUGGACAUAACCAGGUGCAUUAAGUUGACUGAUGAUGCAUUGCAAAAAGUUCUUGAGAAAUGCUCUGCUCUUGAAAGCUUGAACAUGUAUGCCCUUUCAAGUUUUACUGACAAGGCUUAUACAAAAAUUGGAUAUUUAGCCAACCUCACAUUUCUAGACUUAUGUGGGGCCCAGAACCUAACUGACGACGGUCUUAGCAGUAUAUCAAGAUGCGGAAGUUUGACAUAUCUCAAUUUAUCUUGGUGCGUACGUGUUACUGAUGUUGGGGUGGUAGCUAUCGCACAAGGUUGUCGGUCCCUUGAACUACUAAGUUUAUUUGGAAUACUUGGAGUAACUGAUGCCUGCCUCGAGGCUUUGUCAAAAUCCUGUUCAAAUAGCCUCACGACUCUGGAUGUAAAUGGCUGUACCGGUAUUAAGAAGAGGAGCCGGGACGAGCUGAUCCAACUGUUCCCACGAUUGAGUUGCUUCAAGGUGCACAGCUAGAAACAACGGCUCAGACUUUUGUAGAAUUAUUGUUACCCUAGCUGGCAUUCGUAAAAGCAUUGUGGAAGUGUCUGGCCUUGGAAAAACAGAGCAGCACGACAGAGUUUUUGCCGCCUGCUUGUUCCUUGUUUGUAUGUUGAUGUGAGAGAGAUCACAGGACCUGUACAAUCGAUUUUCGUAAUAUGUGUGGCGUCUCUCGGUUACAUUGUUACAAAAAUUGAAAACUGAUGUACUUAUUUUCUAUACGAACAAAAUCAUCUUUUCUUUAUU